AAAGGAAAUAUCUCUCCUCUUUCCUUUCUAGCAUUCAAACGGAGCCAGUCAAAUCAGUAAAUUUUUGCAGCAUCAUUGCCAUAAAAAAGGUGUUGAAGUAAAAACUUUGGCAUCCAAAAUGGUAGUCGAACAGCCUAUAAACUAUAAUAUAUCCUCCUAAAUAAAAACCAAAGACAUAGAAGGAGCAAUCCACGAACAAGACAAAGACCAAAUCUCUUUUUCAGCCCAUAACAUACAAAUUUAAAUCUAAACGAUAAUUUCUAAUUGUCCUUACAUUUGUAAUCUCUAGAAAUGAAAGUGUCAACGGUACUCUCUAAUGUUUGUUUUUCAAAUUGUUCAAUGUAUUCUUUGCUGUUUUAAAUACCAGUAAAUGAGGAAACCAAAGCUCCUUUAAUGUCAUAAAAGUAGGCCUCCAACAAUCUUAUGAGAUUGACAUAUAGAUGUGUUUGAACGAGGGCGUUUUCGAUUUUAUUCUAGUAUUAAAAUACUCUAUUGAGUGGACAAAUGACCCAUUAUUAUAUACUUCAACCAUGAUGAUGUAACUAAAGAACUAAUACGUUUGACCAACACCCGGGAUCGCUAGUACCAUGUUCUGUUUCUAAUAGCAAUGGUUGACACGUUCAAUUUCCCACUUGCGUAAGUUACAAGGAACCACAGAUUUAGGUUCAUUCAAACUGCAGCCAAUUGCAAAUAAUUUAAGAAAAUUAUAAGCUUGCUUUUUCUACAGGGUUGACUGGUAUUUUUCAAAGGUCUAUAAUUGAGUUUGACAUUUUCUGCUGGAAGAAUUCCUAAUACAUUCAGGUUCUCACUGCUUUGCGCAGUCUGUUCGUAUUUAAGAAUAUUGGUUUUAUACUACUUGAAUCAUCUAUUCUUUGGUAUUAUUUUGCCCAUCAAGAAGCAAAAUAUGGCAGAGUGUGCAGUGACUACUGUGUCUGAGAAGUUGAUCGACCUGCUUGUCCAUAAAACACAACUGUUUAGGCGAGUCCACAGGGAAGCUAAAGCUUUGAUAGAUGAACUAGAGAUCAUUCAGUGCUUCCUCAAAGAUGCAGAGGCGAGGUUGGAGAAAGGAGGCAUGAUCGAUGGUGUUAAAACUUGGGUGAAACAAGUUAUAGAGAUAGCAUAUAACAUAGAAGAUGUCAUUGAUGAGUACCUUCUUCACAUGGCACAAAGUUACCAAGGUCAGAGUGGAUACCUCGGUGUUCUCUCCAAAACCGGUGAAAUCAGGAAGAGAAGUGAAAGAUAUGGCUUUAAAUCCUUGGAACAAAGAUCAAACAGCCAAAUUCCAAAUGCUGAACAGCAUGACCCUCGUUUAGAUUCCUUUUUCAUUGAGGAAACUGAACUCGUGGGUUUUGAUACCAUCAGGAAUGAGCUUGUAAGAAAGUUGGUUGAAGGUAAAUCAACACGCAUGGUCGUUUCAUUGGUAGGCAGUGGCGGAAUUGGCAAGACAACUCUUGCUAAGAAAGUCUAUGACAAUGAAGCGGUGAGAGAACACUUUGAAUGCCAUGCUUGGAUCACAGUCUCUCAAUCAUAUGAUAUGGAGAAGAUACUAAGGACCAUGACAAAGAAGAUCUGUGCAGUUGCAGAAUGUCCUCUCAGGGAAAUGGACUCAAUGCAGGAGCUAAUCAAUCAUCUGAGGCAAUAUUUGCAAACAAAAAGGUAUGUCUUUGUCUUUGACGAUGUCUGGCAAAUAGAUUUUUGGAAAGUUAUGAAGCAUGCUUUGCCUUCUAAUGACAAAGGCAGUAGGAUAAUCAUAACAACACGUAAUGAUAUAAUUGCUGCAUCUUUUAAAGAAAACUCAUGUGAUUUUGUGCAAAAGCUUCUACCUCUGUCUCAAGAAUUGGGAUGGGAAUUGUUUUGCAAAAAGGCAUUCCGAUACGAGUUUGAGGGGCGUUGCCCUCAAGAAUUAGAGCAUUUGUCUCUUGAAAUUGUUAAAAGAUGCCAAGGAUUGCCACUAGUAGUUGCGGCUAUAGGUGGCCUUUUGUCUACAAAAGAGAAGGUCAUGUUCGAGUGGCUAAGAAUGCUUGAGAGUCUCACUUAUGAGUUGGAAAAUAAUCCCCAGCUCACAAGCAUAUUAAGAAUUCUAUCUCUUAGUUACCAUGAUUUGCCUCACCAUCUGAAAUCUUGCUUCUUGUACUUCGGCCUUUUCCCAGAAGACUAUUCCAUUACUGAUGUAAAACUAUUCAAGUUAUGGAUUGCUGAGGGUUUUGUGAAAGAAAAGAAAGGCAAGACAAUGGAACAAGUAGCAGAGGAAUACUUAAUCGAACUCGUUCAUAGAAACUUGGUUGAAGCUUCAUGGGAAACGGUUAAUAAGUCGAAUAGAUUGUGUAGAGUGCACGAUUUGAUGCAUGAGAUUAUCAAGUUGAAGGCUGGUGAACUUGGUUUUUGUCAAAUUUUGAAUGACAAAGAUUCACGAUGCAGAGGAAAGAUUCGUCGAUUAUCAAUCUACAACUGUAAUAAAAAUGUUCUAGACGCCAUUGAAGAUCAUGGGGUUCGUUCAAUUUUCUUUUUCAGCAUUGAAAAUUUGCCCAAAUCUUUCGUGGCUGGUUUGUUUAAAAAAUUUAAGCUUUUGAAAGUGUUGGACUUCAGCUAUGCUCCUCUUGAUCAUCUUCCUAAAGAAGUGGGGAACCUAUUCCACUUGAAGUACUUGAACCUAAGGAAUACUCAAGUGAAGAAGCUUCCAAAGUCUGUUGGAAAACUACAGAAUCUACAGACAUUAGAUCUUAGAGGUACCCUGGUGCAUAAACUUCCCUUCCAGAUUAACAAACUUCAAAAUCUUCGACACCUUUUGGCUGUGUAUUUUGAUGAGAAGGUAGAAUUUAGUUCGAAUUCAGUUCGAGGCAUAAGGAUUCAAUGGGGAAUUGGGAGUUUGGAUGGGUUACAAACAUUGACCACUUUGGAGGCACCUCAUCAUGGGGUUGAUCUAAUGAAAGAGUUGGGGAAUUUGAAGCAACUGAGGAGGUUGGGAAUUUCCAAUUUGACUACAGAAAAUGGUAGGGAACUUUGCUCUUCAAUUGAGAAGAUGAACCAUCUUGAACAUUUGGAUGUAUUCGCAGCAAGUAAAGAUGAGACUUUAGAUUUGCAAUCCAUUUCAUCUCCACCUCCUUUUCUUCAACAUCUUGUCUUGACAGGUCUGUUGAAGAAGUUACCAGAAUGGUUUCCGAAACUCGAAAACAUACAACAGUUAUGUUUAAGUUUCUCAAGAUUACAUGAGGAUCCAUUAAAAUGCCUCAAAGGGUUGCCUAAUUUGGUGAAUCUUUGGCUUUACCAAGCAUACGAUGGAGAGCAACUACAUUUUGAAGAAGGUGGUUUUGGAAAGCUCAAAGUGUUAUCACUGGGAAAAAUGUAUACACUAAAAGUGUUGAAAAUUGACCAAGGAGCAUUGCCACUUCUAGAAGAGCUAGGUAUUGGACCUAGCCCUCUACUGAAGGAAGUGCCCUCUGAUAUUCAAAACUUGAAAAACCUCAAGCUUUUGAAAAUCUACCAAAUGCCCAGAAAAUUUGUGCUUGAUAUGCAACCAGGAACAGAAGGCCGAGAUUAUUGGAAAGUAAAGCAUAUACAUUCCGUCCAUUUCUGGUACAGAGUUGAGGGAGAUGUUUAUGAUAUCUAUAAGCUGGGUGAUCCGCACCUCUUGGAGCAUUUGCAAAGUUGAGCCUUCUUAUGGGGGUGCACUUUGUGUGAGAGUUUAGGCACAAUUUGUUCAGCCAGUAGGACUUUGUUCUACAUUUUUCUUUGCUAGCAGAACUAUUUGACCAUUUUGUUUUUCGGUUCAGAUUAAUUUCCCCCCUUUUGAAAAGUACUUAUGGGUCUGUAUUUUGUGUGUGAAUUAGAGGUAUAACAGCUUUUUCCUUUUUAUUUUUUUAUUAUUUAUUAAUAAGUAUUGAGGGGAAAAAUGCAAAAGAAAAGUUUUGGAUGUAUCAAUACGUGCUAAAUCCAUUACCCAACAAGAAAAAAAAUAAAAAAAUAAAAAAAUCUUACUAUACUAUUAAGUAAUGUAACUUUCACUUUAUUUGAUUCACCAACCAUGUCCCUUGGGACAAUACAAAUGGAAAUCUUCAGUUGAUAACCCCAAUUUUGGAUUUGAUCAUGCUGGUGCUAAAAUCCUCCUCUCAAUUUAUACUCCCCCCCCCC